AGCCAUGGCGGCCAUGAGCCGGGUGCUGCGGGCGGCCGCGGCCUGGGCGGCGCGGCGGGCGAGCUGCGCCGGCACCACCGGGAUCACCGGCACCACCGGGAUCACCGGGAUCGCCCCCCGCCUCCCCGGCAUCCUCGUUCCUGUACGACACAGUGGUGACCAUGGGAAGAGAAUGUUUAUCAUCAAGGCAACAAGUUUUUAUGAUUCUCGAUUUCUGCGCUUGUUGAGAUUCUAUAUAUUCCUGACGGGAAUACCAGUGGCCGUGCUCUUAACAUAUAUCAAUGUAUUUGUUGGUGAAGCUGAACUUGCAGAGAUUCCUGAAGGUUAUAUUCCAGAGCACUGGGAAUACUACAAACACCCCAUAAGCCGCUGGAUAGCUCGGUACAUACUUGACCCCCCUGAGAAGAACUAUGAGAAGGACAUGGCCCUGCUUGAUGUGGAAGCGAGGAAAACUGAACUGAGGAUUCUGGAGUUGGAAGCACGCAGACUGAUGAGACACCGGGGAGAUGGACCUUGGUUCCAUUAUGAAACGCCUGACAAAAAUCUUGUUGACAAUUCUAAUAAAUCCACACCUGACAAUUAAACUUUAGAGCAGUGUGCAAGGUCUCAAAUGCAUACUGGCAAAUCGUGACUGCGCUAUGGAACAGACAUCCUGCUAUUUGCUGAUGAAAAUGAAUAAAUGGUGUUUGUGUUGAUUCCACUAUCUUGAAAGAAACUGUGUGGCAGUUAAGCUCACACAGCUAUUAAAGUUAAUAAGUGAAAAUGCUUUA